CAGACAGACAGACAACACUGGAUCAGGAAACACUGGACUCAAACCCUCCUCCUCUGACCCACAUGUCUCCUGCAGGGACCCUCACGUGACCAGAACUGGUGAGCGACAUCAGGUGUGUGCGCGUGAGGCAGCAGCAGCAGCAGCGGAGCCAUGGAGACGGAAGCAGGAUGUUUACAUGCUCAAUGUUAAGUUUCAUUUAAAUUUGGAUUUAGUCGCUGGUCCACCACACAGAGAUGCUCCCCCGCUGCUGGUCACCUGCUCCGACACGCUCCUGAGGAGAGAUUGAGACUCAUCAGACAACAGACUGAGCAUCAAUGGACGACCCCCCUACCUCAUCUGAUUCUCCUCAGUCUAAGUCUUCCACCACCAGCAAUAUCUCAGAACAUGAAUUCUCAUGUCACUGUUGCUACGACAUCUUAGUGAAUCCCACUACCUUGACCUGCGGCCACAACUUCUGCCGCCACUGUCUGGCUCUGUGGUGGGAAUCCGCACACAAGAAUGAGUGUCCAGAAUGCCGGGAGAAGUGGGAAGGCUUUCCGAAAGUCAACAUAAUGCUACGGGAUGCAACGGACAAACUGUUCAGUGACGUCGUUCAGCAGAGGAGAGCUACCAUCCAGGCAAACCCCCAAAUCUCCCGGAGCCUGUUGGCCUUCCAGAGAUAUGGCGACAACUUGGGUAGAUCCCGGACAAACCAGCACAAAGGAGCAGGCUUCUUCUUCUCUGGUGUCUUAACUGCGCUCACAUGUGUGGCUUUGAUGGUGAUGGUGUAUCACUGGAGCAGUAGUGUGGUGGAGCAGCACAACAUACUGAUCAGUAAACCGGUGUCUCACUGGACGUCAGAGGAAGUGGUAUCCUGGCUGGAACAUCUGGGGCCCUGGGCGCAGCUUUACAGAGAUCCCUUCCUACAGGAAAGCGUCAAUGGAAGGCUGCUGUUGAUGCUCGAUGAUGAAGAUUUGCUAAAGCCGCCUUACAGCAUCGAGAAUCAGGCUCACCGUCGGGCUAUUUUGGCCGAACUGGACAGAGUCAAAGCUCUGGGAGUCAAACCUCCUCAGAACCUCUGGGAAUACAAAGCGGCUAACACUGGGAAGUCCCUGUUCCUGCUGUACGCUCUGAAGAGCUCGCCUCGUCUCACACUCUUCUACUUGUAUCUAUUCGACUACACGGAAACCUUCCUGCCCUUCCUGCACACCUGCUGUCCGGCCGUCACACUCGUCGACCAAUCACUGGAGAGCAGCUUCUACAAGACACAGCUGGAGCCCAACUGGCAACAGUGGGCGGAGUUUCUGGUGAAGUACCUCCUGCUUCCAUACCAGCUCAUAGCUGAGUUUGCUUGGGACUGGUUGGCCGUCCACUACUGGACAUCUCGCUUCAUCAUCGUGAACGCCACGCUCCUGUCUGUGCUGGAAGCCUGUGCCCUGUGGAGACUCUGCAUGACAGCCAGGAUCAGGUUUCUGCCACAGAUGAUGUGGAAUCACACAUGGACGAUGUUAUCUCAGGGGUUUGUCUUUGCCCUCCUGUGGCCUUUAGUCCCUCAGUUUGUGUGCAACUGCUUCUUCUACUGGGCGCUGUACUUCAGUCCCAUCGUCAACAUAGACCUGGUGGUGCAGCAGCUGAUGCACCCAGAAACACAGGUGCCAUAACAAAGCUGCAUGAAUUCAGCGCCCUGUCAGUGCCACACAGCUCAAAGCAAUUAAAGUGAAUAGCCUGUUGCUGAAAAGUGUUUAUUUUCAGCGUUGAAGUCACAAGACAGACAUUGCUUGCGGUCGGAAAGGACGUUUUCUCGCUUCCUGUCUCAUCUCUGCUGGAUGGUUGCCUUGUGGAACAAGAGAGGCUUUGAGCCACUGUGGGGAAAGCAAAACCAACCCAGUAAGAAACUGUGAAAUAUCUGCGAUCUUAUUGAUUUGGAGAGACGACGGCAGUGGACUCAUUCACAAACCACAUUGCCUGAAUGUUUCAGGGGGCAUUUAUGCAAACGAUGAGUUCGAGCAUUGGUGGCAAUGAAGACUGGUGUAGUGACUCUCCUGUAGAGUCACUUAGGCAGCAGGGAAUGUUCUCUGCGCAUAGUUUUUACAGAGAAAAUGAUAUUAUGUCCAAGUUUGUCCUUUUGGGUGAUGUUAUUGCUAAAAUCAUAAAUUUACAUUGAAUUGGUGUCUGUUAGAUGAAGCUACGGCAAGAACUGCGUGCUCCCCACCACCUACUGCUCAAAACUGAACUGACUGAUAUACGCCCGGGGCUCCAUUAAAAUAACGUACAUAUCACCUAGUGGUCAAAAUAAAACAUUACACAAUGGCUCCUACAACUGGCCCCAUAAGGAGUUGACAGCUCUGUAGCACUGUAGUCCAGAAAAACCUGAGCUUUUUUUUUUAUUCCUUUACAGACCUGCAAACUGUCAGUGGAACAAAACAAGUAUAAAUACAUUUUUGUUUAAAUUUUAAUCUAAUCCACCGUCACUGAAAUGAACACACGCUGCUUUAUAACAGUCUGUGAGUAUUAUUCUGUAUUAUGAGUCAUUCUGCAGAUUUUUUAGUAACUCUUUGAGGGUUGUUGGCCGCGACUGCGAUCCUGGUGCUACAGAGCUGUCUGAAAAUUCACACCACAAUAUUCAGUAACAUGACUAUGAAGCUUUCCAAGUGACUUGUUGAGGUUUGUGGUUCCGUCCCAGCCCAUCAGGGGCCUCAAGCUUUACUGUCAUCUCAAAAGAAAGGCAGUCAGGACGUUUAGAAGAAGUAUAUUUCAGAAGUUCCUUUUCAUAAGGUUUGAGGCACUUAGAUUUAAAAUAAAAUGUAUGAUCUUAAAAAAAUUUUUCGAGAUGCUAGUUCAGAUCUUUUCAGUUUUUAUGACUUUUUAAGGAGACACACUUUGAGGCAGAUUUUAUUUGCUUGUACUGCUGACAAAGAUUGAGUUGCACUUUUUUUUUUUUUUUUUUAAUCAUUCAGAAGAGUUAUGUUUGCAGUAUACAAUUCCAUGUGGUGGGGGGAGGGGUAGAACUAUUCAAAGACAUGUUAUUUUUUUUACCUGUUCAUUUGCACUUAAAGGUUCUACACUGUGAUUUUGUUCUUAAAUGUUCUCUGAUGACAAAGGAAAAAUAAAGUCUUAAAUGUUA